UUUAUAUGAAGAUGUUGUGUACACAUUUAGAUAAAGGUGGCAGCGGAAGUGUUUGACAAAAAAUCAAUACUGUGCGAAAAUUAGUGAAAAUGACAACAAUUUUUAGAGGAUUUCAUGGAAAUUGUGCUUUAUUAGUGGUUUUCUUUAUAAUUUUACUCGAAAAUGCAUCUACGCUUCAUAGAACUCUGCGCCACUAUGAAAUCCUCCGUAGCGAAGAUUGUAGACAUAAAAUCAUUAAGCGCGGAAUUAAACAGAGCUCACACCCCUAUAACGUGAUUAAAGAGGUCGAAUUCAAGACGUUAGGUAAAAAUUUUCGUUUAAUAUUGCACCCACAUCGGGAGGUUUUACACAGUAAAUUUAAGGCGUAUACUGUAGAUGGCGAUGGCAACGAGACAGUGGUACAUUUAGAUCAUGAUAGCUUUUAUACUGGACGAGUUUUUGGAGAGCUCGAAUCAUCUGUUCGUGCGCACAUUGAUGACGGUUUAAUGACUAUGUCCAUACACUUACCGGACGAAACAUAUCACAUUGAGCCGUCAUGGAGACAUUUGCCUAGUUCUUCGGAUAAAGCUAUGGUGUCUUAUAGAACUUCUGAUAUGAAAUUAAAUUUUAAUAAGGAAGGGGAUGGCGUUGGUGGUGCCCCAAUGUCGUGUGGUUACGUUAAGGAGGGCUUAGAACUGGAAACGGAAGAUGAAUACGAUGAAGAGAUGGAUGCUAAUUUUUAUAAAACAAAAAAUAACACUUUAUCAAGUUUUCAUGAUGGGAAUAUUACUCAUACACGUAAAAAACGGCAAGCAGACCAGUACGAAUAUACACCGACAAAAACUCGUUGCCCGCUUUUGCUUGUUGCCGAUUACCGCUUCUUUCAGGAAAUGGGAGGUGGAAAUACAAAGACAACCAUUAAUUACUUGAUAAGUUUGAUUGAUCGAGUGCACAAAAUAUAUAACGAUACCGUAUGGCAGGACCGAACUGAUCAAGAAGGCUUUAAAGGCAUGGGAUUCGUGAUAAAGAAAAUCGUAGUUCACUCUGAACCAACAAGGUUGCGCGGUGGGGAAGCCCAUUAUAAUAUGAUUCGCGAAAAGUGGGAUGUUCGCAAUCUUCUGGAGGUAUUUUCAAGGGAAUAUAGUCAUAAAGAUUUUUGCUUAGCACAUCUUUUCACUGAUCUUAAAUUUGAAGGCGGUAUUUUAGGCUUAGCAUAUGUGGGUUCGCCGCGACGUAAUUCCGUUGGUGGAAUUUGCACACCAGAGUAUUUCAAAAAUGGUUAUACCUUGUAUUUGAAUUCGGGCUUAAGCAGCUCUCGAAAUCAUUAUGGGCAACGCGUUAUUACACGCGAAGCAGACUUAGUAACUGCCCACGAAUUUGGCCACAAUUGGGGGUCUGAACAUGAUCCAGAUAUACCUGAGUGCUCGCCAAGUGCCUCGCAAGGUGGAAGCUUUCUUAUGUAUACUUACUCUGUCAGCGGUUACGAUGUAAAUAAUAAGAAAUUCUCACCGUGUUCCCUGCGCUCAAUACGCAAAGUUCUGCAAGCUAAAUCGGGACGAUGUUUCUCCGAGCCAGAGGAAUCAUUCUGUGGGAAUUUGCGCGUCGAAGGUGACGAGCAAUGCGAUGCUGGUCUUCUCGGUACCGAAGACAAUGACGCUUGCUGUGAUAAGAAUUGUAAAUUGCGUCGUAAUCAAGGCGCUAUGUGUAGCGAUAAAAAUUCACCUUGCUGCCAAAACUGCCAAUUUAUGCCGGCAGGUAUGAACUGUCGCGAUGCCCAGUAUGCCACAUGUGAGCAGGAAGCACGCUGUUCGGGUACACAUGCCGAGUGUCCCAAAUCGCCGCCCAUGGCGGACGGUACAAUAUGCCAAGAGCGAGGCCAAUGCCGAAAUGGCAAAUGUAUACCAUACUGUGAGACACAGGGUUUACAAAGCUGUAUGUGCGACAUUAUACAGGAUGCGUGCAAGCGUUGUUGCCGCAUGAGCAUAAACGAAACAUGUUUUCCAGUAGAACCCCCUGAUAUGCUACCUGAUGGAACGCCAUGUAUACAAGGGUUCUGUAAUAAGGGCGUUUGUGAGAAAACGAUCCAGGAUGUAGUGGAACGUUUCUGGGACAUUAUCGAAGAAAUAAAUAUCAAUCGUGUUUUACGAUUUUUAAAGGACAAUAUUGUCAUGACCGUUGUUGUCAUAACUUCAAUAUUCUGGAUACCCAUUAGUUGCGCUAUUUCAUAUUUUGAUCGCAAAAAACUGCGUCACGAAAUUAAGCAAAUGGAAUGGAGUCAUAAACUUGACUUAAUACAUCCGAGCGAUCGUCGUCGUGUUAUACACAUAAGAGUGCCGCGCCAAAAAAUAUCUGUUACGCGCAUGUAACCUUUCGGAGGGUGAAAAAGAGUGAUUUGUUGAAUAUAAGAUACAUGUAAAUGAAAUUGCGGGCAAAUCGUUACAAGGAGAACAAGCGAUUAAUUGAUACGCACAUAAUUUUCCCUGUAUUAAAAAAGAGCCGUAUCUUUAACUUUGCUGGAAAGUAAUUAAACUCUGUGAAGUUAUUUUUGAUGCAACACGGUAGUUGUACGUGUUGAUUUCCAAUUCUCUGCGGAAAGAAAAUUUAACAACAUCUGUACAAAAUGACAAUGUUGUGCAUCAUCAAGUAAAGGGUACGAUUCAUCUUCAGUCAUUACGUUAGCUUUGUUAACAAAUCAAACACCUCGAGGCAUACUGUAAGAAAUAUAUUAGUUAAGAAGUUGGAGCAAUCCAAAAGCGCAAAUAAUUUUUGUAAUUAAUAGCAACAUUUAAAUUAAAACAACUAAAUAGUUUUCGUUUUGGAAGAUUAUCUUAUUAAAAAAUUUCUUUAUUACUACAAAAGAAAUAAAUGAUAUUGUACAGAAUAAUUGCAAUUAUUUUUUCUAGUAUGAAAGUUGUGGUAUGUUAUACUGUUCCUGUUUCUUCGUUAAUUUGUAUCUUAAUUUCCUUCUAGUUUUUUUUUUCAUUAAUGAUAUUUAUUCCUUUUCAUGUACCAAUACUUUCAGAUACAGUCAAUAAUCUUAUUAUAGAUGUACAAAAUUUUUUUUUUAUUACAUUCAUCACUUUAUUUAAACUUAUGUAAUAAACUUAACAGUUUCGGUUAUAAUAACCAUUAACUUU